GCAGAUGCGCUAUAGCUACACCAGCAUCCAGCAGCAGCAGCUCGAUAAAGAGCGUCACAGUACUAGCUUACAAAGACAAAUCCAUAUCACAUCCGAGAGGAAACCAGCGCUUCAUUCAUCAAUGAUUGCGCUCUUGAACAUUUAGAGCUGUGAGCAUCCCUGAUCAGUGUGUGUGAGCGAGAGAGAGGCAGCAUCAUCAUCAUCAUCAUCAUCAUCCAGCGGAGGACAAAGGCACAGAAAUGGGUCACAGCAGCGGCUGAUCUCAGGGUCUGUGAGGACAUCUCUCUUCUGCUCUGUGCUCCUCAAGCAUCACGUCAUGUUACUCAGCUGUGUUCUUCUGCUGUGUCUCCUGCUGCACGUCUGCGGCGGGAUGCUGGACCCCGACAGAGAGAUGUGUUACUCUCGACAGCAUCGGGACGUGGCUGUUAACACACAUGUGGCUCUGGAUCAGAAGGGAACCGUCAUGGAGGCCCGAGCCAUGCCUUCAGAGAAAGACUGCAUCCUCACAUGCUGCUCAGAGGACGUGGCUCCAGGGCUGAAGUGUAAUCUGGUGGUGUAUGAGCCGGCCGAGCGACCCGGAGAUCUGAACUGUCAUCUCUUCUACUAUCCGAGCGAGAGAGAGGUUCCUAUGAUGACCGCCGGCCCCGGAGUCAACACCUACAACAUAUUUAAGGGUCUAACUCAUCCAACAACUAAAGGAAGUGGAAGAAUAACAGCCAAACCCACAGCACCACAGCAGACCACGACUACACCCACAACACCCAGGACCACACCCACAACUACACCCACGACACCCAGGAUUACACCCACAACUACACCCACGACACACAGGACUACACCCACAACUACACCCACGACACCCAGGACCACACCCACAACUACACCCACGACACACAGGACUACACCCACAACUACACCCACGACACCCAGGACCACACCCACAACUACACCCACGACACACAGGACUACACCCACAACUACACCCACGACACCUAGGACCACACCCACAACUACACCCACGACACACAGGACUACACCCACGACACCCAGGACCACACCCACAACUACACCCACGACACACAGGACUACACCCACAACUACACCCACGACACACAGGACUACACCCACAACUACACCCACGACACCCAGGACCACACCCACAACUACACCCACGACACACAGGACUACACCCACAACUACACCCACGACACCCAGGACCACACCCAGAACUACACCCAUGACACCCACGACUACACCAAUAACUACACCCAUGACACCCAGGACUACACCAAUAACUAGACCCAUGACUACACCCUCAACUACACCCAGGACUACACCCACGACACCAAGGACUACACCCAGGACCACAUCCAGGACUAAAACGCCUGCCACAUCCUCCUCCAUCAUCAGAACUGAAGAAGCUCCAACUGAGUCAAAAUCACCCGUGAUGCUCAAAACCAUCGCUAUGACAACCGCACCUGCUACCACGGCAACCAGCACCACACAGUCCACCAGCACGACUAAAAGCACCAGCACUAAAGCGCCUCAUCCUCCUCCACGGACGUCCCUCAAACCCAUCCGACCCAAGAAACCCAGCAAACCCUCGAGACCAGAGACGCAUUCAGUGAAUCCCGUCAGAGCCACGCAGAAGCCUACAGCCCCCCCGACCAGCACCUCCAUCACCUCCAUCACCCCCACAGUGCCGCCCUCGACCCCUGAGCCAGCCCCUGCAGACGUGAUCGAGCCGGAGAGCAACCCGAAGCGCACAGGUUUCUCUCGUGAUCAUCCCGUUCUGUCUCUUCCAGGGAAGCCCAAGGUGUCUCGAGUGAUGUGGAAGAACAGCCUGGUGGCCAUCGUGGUGAUCACACUCAUCUUCCUCACACUCAUCCUCUCUCUGGCGGCCCGUAAAGCCAUGGAGUCCUUCGACAGACGCCACUACACCCGACUGGAGCUCAACGACCUGCACUACGAGGUUUAAACCAUCCACUGG